GUAUUGACAGUGGAAUGGGUUAAAUAUUGGAGUUUAUUUUUGUUAUUCUUCCAAUUUAAAUAUAAAGUUAAGAAAAACAACGUCUAUUAUUAUACAAUGUGGACAUCGCGCUCAAUUGCGCAGACUUCUCUAAGCUACACUAGAAUGUGUUUUUUAGUAAAUUGUCUAAAGCGAUUCAAGAGCUCUCAACAGUGGCUAAGUCGUCAAAGAGUGGACCCUUAUGUUGAAAAGGCAAAGAUAUAUAACUAUAGAUGUCGCAGUGCAUUCAAACUUCUGGAAAUGAACGAAAAGACGAACAUACUAACACCAGGCCUUACGGUUAUUGACCUAGGAGCUUCACCAGGCUCUUGGACCCAAGUAGCAGUGCAAAAAACAAAUGCUGAUGGAGCAGACCCCAAAAAACCUAAAGGGACAGUGUUGGCCAUUGACAAAUUACAAUUAUUUCCUAUCGCGGGAGCUACAAUAUUGAAUAACAUGGAUUUUUCUACAAUUGAGGCACAUGAUAAGGUGAUAAAGGCUCUGGGGGAUAAGAAAGUGGACCUGGUGCUGUCAGACAUGGCCCCGAGCGCCACUGGCGUGCGUGAGCUGGACAAGGACCGCAUCAUAGGGCUCUGCUACAUGGCUAUAAGGUUUGCAGCUCUAGUCACCAAGAUUGAUGGCAACUUGCUAAUUAAAGUAUGGGAUGGAAAAGAAGUGCCAAUCUUAGAAAUGGAUUUGGAGAGGUUUUACAGGAGUAUCAAAAUUUUAAAGCCAAAUGCCAGCAGGUCGGAGUCGUCAGAAAAAUUUAUUCUUGCAAGAGGAUUCAAGGGCAUUCAGAGGCCCUUGGAGAACGGCCGCUGGGGGUAGCAGGUACCUGAAUGUGGAAGCUGUGUCGGUACAAAUAAUAUGUCUUCCAGAUGCAAUUGAGGACUAAGUUAGUCUUUGUAUUUAGGCCUUUGUAAUUCCAUUUUUUUCCCGCUACUAUUGCCAUGGAUGGAAUAGUUCCAAUUUAAUCCCAUUUGUCUUCCUACUGGAGAUUUCAUAAUAAAUUGGACAGAACAAUGUUGCCCUUGUAUAAAUCUAGCUUCUCAAAUGUAUGAAACAAUGUUUAUAAUAUUAUAAGCACAAAUAAUUGAAUUUUAUAAUAGUACAAUUAUAGAUAAAGUAAUUGAGAUAUACUCAUAGUACUUAAUAACUAUUAGUCAUGAUGUUGCCAUCUAUAUAAAGUUUAUAAUUAAUUAAAAUAAAACACUUGAUUAUAAAAGAUUUUUCUUUACUUUCAUAUAGCAUAAUUUUUGAAGCAUAAUUUAUGACUGCUAAACAAUCAUUUUUUUUAUAAUAUGUAUUUUAAGCGUUUUUAAUAUCAUUGUAUUUGCUAAAGAACACCUUUAAUCUUAUAAUAAAAUUAUAAUAUAUUUUUCACCUUAAACAUUU